AUGUCUUCAUCUUCUUAUUCAGCUUUGGAAAGAUUUCACUACCCAAACAGUCCAUCCAAUCCAAGAAGGCAUAAGUGUUAUCAUCGCAGUUCUGAAACAUAUUCUGGAAACUUUGACAGGAAUAUAAAGAAAAUCAAGUCCUGCCUACGAGGCUAUCUCAGGCGUCAUCAGAUGCGUGAAGAGAAGAAUCUUCUGGCAAUGGAGUGGCGAACCCUAGCACUAGCAUUGGACAGAGUAUGCGCGAUCGUCUACAUCAUGGCAAUAGCAAUCGGCAUCAUCUGUCUUAUUCCAUGCCAGCAUGAUGGCACGAUAGGCAGUCGCGCCAAGGAUCAUGUGUAUGCAGACCCCUCUCCAACAGGAGACUUGGGUGCUCUUUAUAAAGAACAGAUGAUUUAA